UGAAACAACUGAAUCGAUUGAUAUAAAUGCAACUUCUCACGUUUCUUGCGAUAUAGUUAAACAUCAAAGUUCUUGUUGGUAUUUUUGUGCAAAAAUGUUUAAAAUAAAGUUCAGUGAUUCGGAAUUACAAGAUUUGAAAUAUUAUAAGAAUUAAUAAGAUGUGAUGACAUGAUGCAACAUGUUACACAACCCUAUGAUGAUUUAAUUAACAUACCCUAUAUAGAUAUUCAAAUGGAUAUACAAUCGUUUGGUAUUAGAUUAUGGCAAUUUAUUCGCAAAAAUUGGUUCAAAUCGCGAAAACUGUUACGUGUACCAGCUUUUUUGAAAACUCAAUAUUCCACUUCCCAUGUGAUAUUAUUUGUACAAGAUACACCACCAUUAAUUGUUGAUCACAGGGUAAUAAACAUCACUCCGGAUAGCAAACCGGAGCAAACAAUUUUUCCAGAUAAUCAUAUUGUCUCUAAAAAAUACACAAUGUGGAACUUUAUACCAAAAAAUCUCUUUGAACAAUUUAGACAACUAGCAAAUUUUUAUUUUCUUACAAUGGCGAUAACAUCUGUAUCGAUAAAGUCCCCGAUCUCUCCUAUAACCAGCAUUCUUCCCCUAACUAUUGUUAUACUAGUAACCGCGUGCAAGCAAGGCUUCGAGGAUUAUAAUCGUUACAUUAAUGACAAACGAGAGAAUCGGACAUUCGUCACUGUCAUACGCAACAAAUGUGUACAGAACAUUUACCGUGAAAAUAUAGUAGUCGGUGACUUAGUGAAGAUAUAUCGCGAGGAAGAUAUCCCUUGCGAUCUUUUGCUUCUCUAUAGCACAGAAGAAAUGGAAUGCUGUUACAUUACCACAUCAAAUCUUGAUGGUGAAACCAAUUUAAAGACUGUGAUGAUUCCAAAAGUACUUUCAAAUAUGUCGAUGCAAGAAAUAAUAUCGUUAAAUGCCAUUGUCACUUGUCAACAUCCUUCAUCGAAUCUUUAUUCUUUCCAUGGCAAAAUGGAAAUCAAAGAUGAAAACAAUGAAACGAUCAGAAGUGGAUAUCUAACAAUCAAUAAUUUACUGCUUCGUGGAUCUAGAUUGAAAGAUACGGAUUAUAUUAUCGGUUGUGCGAUUUAUACUGGUCACGAUACAAAAUUGUCUCUCAAUUCAAAGAUAACAAGUAAAAAAAUGUCCACGUCUGAAAAAUCCAAUAAUAAAUAUAUCGUCUGUUUCCUCAUCAUAUUACUAUUUGAAGUAAUAGAAUCUUGUACAAUGAAAGCCAUAAUAGAGGAAUCAUGGUCAGAGUUAUGGUCAUCAUACCUGAAUGAUAUUCAACCCUUUAGUUUUUCCCAAUUGGUUACGGAUUUUUUAAGCUUUCUUAUCCUUUACAAUUAUAUCGUGCCGAUAUCAUUAUACGUUAGCAUAGAAUUACAAAAAUUCUUCGGUUCAUUUUUCUUCAGCUGGGACGUUGACAUGUAUGACGAAGACACGGAUCAACCAGCAUUAAUUCACACGUUAAAUCUAAACGAAGAGCUUGGCCAAAUCGAAUACUUGUUUGCAGAUAAGACUGGUACACUCACCGAAAAUAUGAUGGUAUUUAGGCGUUGUUCGAUCAAUGGAAAAAUGUAUAUGGAAAAAGAUUGCGAUGGCAAAUUGUAUCUAUUACCUCCCAGUGGAGAUGAAAAUCAGGCAGUUGAAUUAAAAACCUGGGAGCCAGAACAUUGGCAUUUUAUGAUAAGCAUCGCUCUAUGCCAUACAGUUCAAAUUUCACCCCCAAGUCAAAAAGCCAGUGCCAUCCUAAAACGUAAAGAAUUUCGUGAAAGUUUCAGGCAAAAGAAAAUCCUUCAUGUAGAUAGUUCUCUCUUGAUGCAUCCGGAUUUACCAGAGUAUCAGGCAACAUCGGCAGACGAAAAAGCUUUGGUUGAAGCCUGUGCCAGAUGCGGAGUCAUUUUUGAAUCAAAAAAAAAUGAUAUGAUAGAAUUAAAAAUCCAAAAUAAAAUUUUGACUUAUAAAAUGCUUGAAAUUCUAGAAUUUACUUCCGAACGUAAGAGAAUGUCGGUAUUGGUAAAAGACUCAGCUGGAGAUUACUGGUUAUACAGCAAGGGAGCAGAUAGCACUAUGUUGCCAAUUAUAAUCGAAGGAAAAAUCAACGAAGUUAUUACGCACGUGACUGAUUUUUCUAUGAGAGGUUUUCGAACUCUUGUUAUUGCAUAUAAAAAGAUAAACAAAGCGAAAUAUGAUAAAUUUUCGAUUGAACUAGAAAAAGCUAGACAAAUAAUUGGUAUAGAACGAUCAAAAUAUAUAGAACGAAUUUAUAAUACGAUGGAAAAAGAUCUCACUUUAUUAGGUGCGACUGCUAUUGAGGAUCGUCUUCAAGAAGGAGUGUCGGAAACUUUGGAAUCCUUGCAAAUAGCUGGAAUUAAAAUAUGGAUAUUAACUGGUGAUAAAGCGGAAACCGCAGAAAAUAUAGCAUAUCUCUGUGGUCAAUUUAAGAAUGGUACCGAAGUUCUUAAAUUGUUAGAAAUAACAGAAAAAGAAACUUGUCUUCACAAACUUACAGAUUUUGAAAGAAGAUUGAAACUCGAACCUUCUAAACAAUUUGGAUUACUAAUCGAUGGACAAAGUCUUGCAGUUGCAAUACAAAAUUAUGCAGAUGAAUUCAGAUCAAUCGCAAUGCAUUGUGAUGCAGUCGUUUGUUGCAGACUAUCUCCGUUACAAAAAAGUGAAAUUGUAAAAUUGAUUAAAAAAGCAAAGACUCGACCGCAUACUGCUGCCAUUGGUGAUGGAGGAAAUGAUGUUUCGAUGAUUCAAGAAGCCCAUGCUGGAAUUGGAAUAAUAGGCAAAGAAGGUCGGCAAGCGGCCAUUAACUCCGAUUUUGCAAUAGCUAAAUUUAAAUUUUUAAAGAAAGCAUUAUUUGUGCAUGGACAUUGGUAUUAUAUCAGGACCGCCAAUUUGACGCAAUAUUUUUUUUAUAAGAAUUUUAUUCUCAUGAUACCACAAUUUGUAUUUAGUAUAUUUUGUGGAUUUUCCACACAGAAUUAUAGUGCUGAUACAUUAUUGCGUAAACCAUAUCUGUAUAGAUUAAAUCAAGGCAAUUAUUUAUUAUCUAUGCAGCAGUUAUUCUUAUGGAUUUUUCUAGGUUCUUGGCAUGCUAUUGUUAUAUUUUUUAUGCCAUAUACAUACAUAAUCAUCAAUCCUGUUACUUUAUAUAAUAACACGCCAAUAGAACAAUGGACAUUCAGUAUACUUGUUUUUCAUUUAGUUACACUAAUAGCCAAUUUACAGAUACUUUUACGUAGUUCUUAUUGGACAAUACCACUUAUAUUAGUAGUAUUAUUCUCACAACUAAUAUUUGUUGUAUUUGCAGUUACUCAUUCAUUUAUACCCAUAAGAUACGAUGGUGAUAUGUUGAGGGUCUUUAUAAUAUUAGUAUCGUCGAUAACAUUCUGGCUUCUAACUAUUGUGGUCGUCGUCGCUUGUUUAAUUCCUGAUUAUUUACUACUUACAUAUAACAACUAUAGAUCUACUUUUAAACUAAGAAAACAUGAAGAAUCAUUGCGUUUUAUUAAUAACGAUAGCGAUAAUACACAAAAUAGAUAACGUUUUAACAUGUCACAGUUUUGGAGACACAAUUUUAUAUUACGAAAAUCCGAAUGAGAUAAUAUUGCAUCGAGGAACUUUAAUUUUCCAUGAAAUUGAUAAAUUGUCCUUUGUAUUAUAUAGAACGUAAGUUAUUUAUUAAUUUAUUAUUUACUUAUCUAGAGAUAUAUAUAAUAUUCUUUA